UUCAAGCCAGUUUAUUCCCAACCGCCGCGUUGUGAUGUUCGUGUGUGUAACGAUGGCGUCACUUGUGCGUCCGCGACGGUAGACUGAUGAUGUGAGGAUUGUCUCUCUGUGCACAAUGACGGCGUGUGCGAUGCCCCCCAACGGGCUCUACGGCAUAGCAAUAUACAACUUCAAGCCGCAAAAACCCGAUGAAGAUUUAAUCCGCGUGAAUGUCGGCGAAGCGCUGCAUCUGCGCCAAGAUGCCGGCGAAUGGUACUACGCAUCGCUGGUGCAUCGCGGCCGAGCAUGCGGAUUUGUCCCGAAAAGUUACGUCAAAGUGGUGGAUGGAUGUCGGGUGGAACGCGAGGAUGACACUUCCACACCGACGUUUGUCUUCGCUGACCAACCACCCAUCGUACAUGAGAUUACGCUUGUCCUACGCGAAUGGAGCACGCUAUGGCAGAAUUUGUAUAUAUUGAAUCGUGCGAAAUUCGACGAUCUACGUAAACAUAUAUCAGAAUUAAUAAAUUAUCGUAGUAAAAUUAUCAGCGGGACACUACCAGUGGACGAAUUGAAGGAGGUGACAUGCGAGGCGACGAAAGAAAUCGCGCUGGGUAAUAAACUAGUCGGGUUGGAUCUUGUCGUGCGUGAUGUGCACGGUAAUACGAUCAAUUCGGACCUGACGAGUACAACUGACUUGUUUAGUUUUCAUCAGAACGCAACAGAAUCGAUCAAUAAUAAGGAUAAGAAGACUGAACUUAAAGAAACACGAUCGCAGGUCGCUCAUAUUUUCGUUGUGAGCGUGCGAAAUUUCACGUACAAAAUGACAGAGGACGCUGAGUUGUUGAUGUUUCUCUACGAUUGUAAAGAAGGUCGUGCUAUUACCGAAAACUACGUGGUGCAGUGGUCCAAAGAGGGUCUUAUGGCUGAUCUGGAUAAAAUUAACAACUUAAAAGUCAUGUUUACGGAUCUUGAAAAAGACCUGGAACGUGAGCGGGUUUAUUUGGUUUGUAAUGUAGUAAGAGUAGGUGCAAUGGAAGCAAAGGAUUUGGACCAUCGACGAAGUUCCAAUGCGACUGCGUCACACACUCCGAAAAAGUCACCGACAGUGAUACCAAUUCGACGACCUUGCGGUGUUGCGGCGAAGGAUGUCACCGCUUACCUCAACGGCACAUCGGAAUCAGAACUCGAUAAAGAUUUCCCCGUGCCUUUUUAUAAUUGCGAAAAAGAUAACCUAGAACAAACGCUCAAACGUAUUUUUGGUAAGGAAGAGAGUAAAAGUGAGAGUCAAGCGAAAAGUUCUCUUUAUAUCGGUGUUAAACUACUCCAUGGCGAUAUUAAACAAGUCCGCGAUGAAAACCCGCAUCUAGUGCUGGGUAAUGUAAACAUUGCGCGGAAGAUGGGGUUUCCGGAAGUGAUACUUCCGGGAGAAAUCCGUAAUGAUUUGUAUUUAACUCUACAACAGGGUGAAUUCCCCAAAGGUAAUAAAAAAUCAGAUAAAAAUAUAGAGGUUUGUGUUACGGUGUGUGACGCAAAGGGAACUACUGUCCCGGAUGUUAUCUUCAUUGGUGAUAGUAAGAAUCCAAUGCAAAGUUAUAAAAGUGUUGUGUAUUAUCACGAUGCGAAACCGCAAUGGAGUGAAACAUUUAAGGUGGCGAUGCCGAUUGAAGAGUUCAAGCGCAGCCAUGUUAAAUUCACGUUCAAACAUCGGUCUUCCAAUGAAGCGAAGGAUAAAAGUGAGAAGCCAUUUGCAUUCGCGUAUGUUGCGUUGAUGCAGAAGGAUGAUACUACGUUGAUGGAUAAGAAACACGUUUUAAAUGUUUAUAAAUAUGAUUAUAAGAAGUAUGAUGAAAGUAGUGCAGGGGCGGAGUAUAUGCGGUUGCCUAGUUUGGCAUCGCAGGCAACACGAGAGAUGGCGGCCAUUAAUGGGGUGACUUUGAGCACGAAAGACAGCUUUAUCAUUUCUAGUAAUGUUUGUUCAACAAAACUCACACAAAAUGUUAAUAUUUUGGAUUUGUUGAAUUGGACAACGAAGAGAGACGUCCUUGAUGAGACUUUGCUUAAGUUAAUGAAGGUCGAAGGUGAGGAAAUAGUCAAGUUUUUGACAGAUAUCCUCGAUACGCUCUUUAACAUCCUGAUGGAAGAAGACAAGCAGCAACCGAAGCCUCGGAAUGGUCUAGAAUCCAUGCCGUAUGUAGAUUAUGAUCUGCUGGUUUUCGAUUGUCUUCUCUACAUUACUGGAAUUGUGACGCAUGAUUGGCGUUAUCAACACUUUGAACCGGUGCUCAAUCUCUACAUCAAAGAGAAUUACAGUGCUACAUUGGCAUAUAAUAAAAUGUUAACCGUGCUGAGUAACUUAAUCGAGAAUCCACGCAGUGACAACACCAUGAAAGUCUUCCGCACGAUGAAAUCCUUCCAGUACAUUAUGCGUUUCAUCACACAGUCUCGUCGGUUGCAUAGUUCAAUGAAGUUGCCUAACGAGGAAGCCGCCAUGAUGGAAUUCAAAGCCGGAAUGGAUCAGCUCUUCGAUGCUUUUAUUCAAUUAAUGGCGGAAACUGCUGAUUCUUUUCUUCGGGAACAAGGCGCAUGUCUUAAGUACCUUCCAGGUGCGAUUCCCGAUAUUUUAAACGUCUACAACGCCAAAGAACUCAGUCUAAAAUUAUGUCAAUUAUUCGAUGAAAUGCCUUCCAAUCGCCUGACGAAACAAAAAGUGAUGACAAUGAAUGAAAUUGUCCAAGGGCAACUCUUCAAGGACACCGAAUGUCGCAAAAUUUUACUCCCGCACAUCCUGGAACAACUUCGCAUACUGCUAGAAGAGAACCAAGAGGACACAAAUCACACCGGCAGUCAGACUGGACGACGUAUUAAGCCCAAGUCAGUGGCCAAGGUGGCACUUGUGCUCGGCAUUUCUAAGCAAAGUAUAACCGAUCAUACGGGCAGCUCGAGCACCGAUGAGAUGGAUUUGUGUCUGAAAACACUCGGCGACAUUCUCACCAUGUUGUUCCACAUCGAUAAAACGGAGAGCUACGAUAGCAUCGCCGAAAUAAUUCGUAUUCUUCUGCGGACUGUGAGCGUCUGCUACAUUAAAAGUGAUAAAGAUAGUACAGCAACACAAGCGAAGCAAUUAGCGGCCAUCUUGAUUGAUAUCUUCCGCCAAAUGUCCGAGAGUCAUUAUAAUGAGUUAAUGGCAAGUCCAUCGUUAGUUCCACGCGAUGAAAAACUCGCGUUUAUCAUCGAAAUGAUGACGAUUUUCAAAGAAUUCGUCAAUUCCAACAUGAAAAUCUUCCCGGAUGAUUGGUGCGACAUGAAAAUGCUGCAGAAUCAAGUGAUACUCAAAACCCUGCGCUUCUUUUCGCACACGAUUCGCGAUUCCUUCUCGCAGGACUUCCACCAUCAGGUCUGGAAUAAUUUCUUUCAAUGUGCCAUUAGUUACAUGAGCCAGCCGGCGCUGCAACUGGAGACCUUCACCGCAAACAAACAGGUGCGCAUCAUCAAGCGGUACAAGGAUAUGCGGCGUGAGAUGGGUUUCGAGGUGCGGCAAAUGUGGUUUAAUCUUGGAUCCCAUAAACGGCGCUUUGUACCCAGUCUUAUAGAAAACAUUCUCGAGAUGACUUUACUUCCUGAAGUAGAAUUACGUAAAGCUACUAUUCCGAUUUUUGAUAUGAUGCAGUGUGAAUUUUACUCAUCAAGUCUGGAAUUCGAAAGCUUUGGGGACACUUUACGGAAUUCCCAGCAUGUAAAAGGGAAUUUUAACGAAUUCGAACGUGAGAUGAUUAUUAAAUUAGAUACUUUAUUGGAGGGUGGCAGGGGUGAUGAGGAAUACCGGCAACUUUUUCUGGAUAUCAUGGGUGAACAUUGUAGAAAUCACGCGAGAUUACAUGAAUCCGGAACCAUGUUUGUGCAGACACUUGCAAGUCUCAUGGACAGAUUACUCACCUAUCGCAUGACGAUGCAUAAUGACAAUAAAGAAAACAAAAUGGCGUGUAUUGUCAACCUUUUAGAUUUCUACGCGGAGAUAUCCAGAAAGGAGAUGUAUAUUCGAUAUGUAUAUAAAUUGUAUGAUUUACAUUUGGAGUUAGGCAACCAUACGGAAGCUGGGUUUACUCUGGAACUUCACAGUGACCUUUUAAGGUGGUCCAAUGAUCCUUUACAACCACAGUUGCGCAGCAAUAAAUACGAACAUGCCACUACACAUAUGGAACUCAAGGAGUUAUUAUAUACAGAUAUUAUAGAAAAUCUUAAUCAGGGUUCAAUGUGGGAAUGUGCUAUUGCGAAGACCAAGGAGUUGAUAAGUCAAUACGAACAGCUUUAUUACUAUGAUCUCCUGGGUCCACUUCAGACGAAAAUCGCUGGGUAUUAUAAUAAAAUUAUGAACUCAGAACGGUUUGAGUCUGAAUACUUUAGAGUUGGAUAUUAUGGGCUUGGAUUCCCGAAAUUCCUCCAGAAUAAAGUUUUUGUAUAUCGUGGUACACCUUUGGAGAGACUGGUUGAUUUCCAAGCGCGGAUAUCACGGCAAUUUCCCAAGGCAGAACUAUGUUCGAAAUUAAAAUUAGACGAAUCAGUAAAAACUUCCUACAAUCAGUAUCUCCUCAUCAAUAAUGUGGUACCCAUCGAGGAGGAAACAGAUCGCUUCAAUGGACAAAUGGUAUCCGAUCAAAUUGCCAAGUAUUACAAAUGGAACAACGUGAAUCGUUUCUGUUUCUCACGCCAGUUCAAGAAAAAGGAUCCUCUGUUAGAGACACCGAAUGAUUUCGGCGAAAUGUGGAUUGAGAAGAUGUUCCUCACUACCGAGCACACUUUCCCGCAUAUUUUGUGUUGGUACCCUGUGAAGCAUGAAGAAACAGUGCAACUUACACCUGUGCAGAACGCGAUAGAAACAAUGGAACAAAGUAAUGAGACUUUGAAGCAUUUGUAUAAGCGUUACAAGGAGCAAAUGAGACUUACGGCUCAUGAACUCAGCUUGAAGCUUAAGGGUAUCCUUGAUCCAAAGGUGCAAGGCGGUAUUAGUAACUAUGAACAGUACUUUUUUACUCCGGAGUAUUUGGAAGCGCAUCCAGAGGAAGCUGGGCAUAUUAGGAAGUUGAAGGAACUCAUCGCCGAACAGAAUCCGCUGUUGGAGUUGUGUGUGGAGGUGCAUCGGACGUUAUCGGGUAGUGAGCUGCAAGGGUUGCAUCAGUUGCUGGAGGAGUGCUAUUUGAAGCAUAAGAGUGAAGUUCAUGAGAAGUACGGUGUAAAGGAUUGUGAAGAUUUCAAAGCUGAAGUGGAGGUACGACUUCGCAGAGCUAAUAAAUUGAGUAACAUACCUAAAGUUACUCUGAAUAAUAACACUCAACAAGCUGAUAAUCUUGGUAAUAGAAGUCGUGUGUCGAGCAUAACACGGGCGCAAGUCCAGUCGUUCAAAAACCUAACGUCGAGCUUUAACUUUAGCGCUUCGUCGGUCAACCAAGGCGAACUAAACAUUUUCAGCAAGCCGGGGAUGUCGGGUACAAAGAGUCUACUGUUGUCGCCAUCUCGCAGUCUCACCGGAACUCCAGGUACGCUUAAGAAGAACAAAAAUAAGGAGAAACGACGCGCGAGUAAGACAGAGUCGACGAUGAGCAGCGCUUCUUCGGUGACAACGCAAUGGUAUACUUCAGAUGUGGAGAACACCAUCACAGCUGCACCUACACCUACUAAUGGAAUGCCUAUUUUUGAAUUGCGGCAAGAGUUGACUCCCAAAAGACCCUUGCGAUCCGAAGUGGAAAAAGAGAAAAGACUGAGUCGUCCCUCCAGCGGUCAGUUUUCAUCCAGACCAUCGAGUUUAUCGUUAACCCUGCGAGCAACAUCGAGUUCUGGGACAUCCAGCAAUCGCGACUCAAUUGGUACUACUGAUUCUUCAGUUAGUGAAGAAGACCUGCCACCUCCUCUACCGGUCAAACUACGAGAAUUGGAUGUCUCUUCACGUGGGGAAUCUCUGUCGGCCGCCCCUGGAAUCAAUUCAAUGAUGAUGAUCAAUAACCAUCCCCUAAAUUAUGACAUUGCACCGCUACUCAAUGAGAAAAUGGCUUCGGUGAACACAUGUGGCAGUAACAAGGAGAAGCCACCUACUCCGCCGCCCAAACCUCCAAAGAAGAACAAGCAAUCCGCUUGAUCCACACACCCAUGACGAUUUUUAACGCAAGCAAUCAUUUUUAGAUGACGAAAUUAGUUACCAGUAUCACAAGUGCCAUUAUGUAGUGUUCAUUUUGUUCGACAGGCUUGUGAAUCUACCUGCAACUUCUACUAACGCUACGUUAGUGCUGUUUUUAGAAGUAUUAUAGGAUAGUGUAAAUUAUGAUUAGUGUAUUUUCAUGUUUAGCGCGUAACUUAACCAAAGAUAUUGUAUUUUACGAUGAAGAUAUGUUAUAACUAUAUAAAUGCAUUUUGUAGAACAGAA